CUCCUAAAUUGGAGGAGAAGGCGCAACAGAGAGAGAAAGAGAGACCUCUCAAUCUCAAAUUUUUUCAGUUCAGCCCCGCAUUCCAUGGAGCGAAAUUGAAAACCAAAAGACAUCAUCAUCGGCUUCUUCAACCCCUCCCCCCUCUACUCGCUCUCUACCUCGCGCUCCGAUCUAGGGUUUCUAAUCGAGAUCGAACCUCGAAUUCGCUUCCGGUUUCGACAUUGUGCGAAGCUUCAUCCGACCCUUCUUCUCUCCCCUCGGUCGUCGACUUGGGAGGCUUGCUACAUGCUCGUCUGCUUGCUCGAUCCAUUUCCUUGAUCCGGCGAUUGUCUUGGAUGGUAUCGGGAUGGCCAUAGAGAGGCGGAACGGGAAUCACGCGGAUCGCGACGGGUUUCUGUUCUCCGGCGGCGGCGACGCCGCGGAUCGGAUCGCCGGCGAUGGGGACGGCGGCGGCGUCGUCGGCGUCUUCGGCGGUGGCCGCGGUCACGAGAUCGAUCUGUACGGUGGAUACGGCGAUUCGCCGGCUGUGAAGCUGUAUCCGGUCUCGCCGGGAUCGCCCUCGCAGCUGGCUUCGUCGUCCUCGUCCGGUGGGAAUUACAUCGAGCAUCCAGUUUCCAAAUUCGACACUCUUGCCGGCGUCGCCAUCAGAUACGGUGUUGAGGUGGCUGACAUUAAACGAUUGAAUGGCCUAACCACAGAUAUUCAGAUGUUUGCUCUCAAGUCACUCCACAUUCCUCUGCCAGGAAGGCAUCCUCCCUCUACAUGUUUGUCAAAUGGUUCAGAUACUCCAGGAAGGAGCAGCUUUGAGCAGACCCCACCUGGGCAGAGCCAUCACAAUCUUUUUGAGUCCUUCCACACCCUAAGAAUGAAGACUCCUCAGCAGACAGUUUCCCCUGCUAUGAGUUCAUUGCAAGGAUAUUAUGGACUUAAAUCAGUUGAGAAAGCCAGAUCUGAAGGUUGUGAGAUGGCAGUUUACAGAAAAGGUGGUUCUCACUAUUUAGAGGACGGUCCAUUUACCAAAUCCUUGCCAACUUCAAACCCACCCUUAAGCCGUCAUAGGAAGACCAGGAGUCUAGUUAACACUUUACUUGAUGAAAAUGGUGAACUUGCCAAGGAUGAGGCAUUUGCAGAGGACAGAGAAGGUGAGUCUGAGAGAUGGAAUGAUAAAUUGAUCAGAAGGCGUCAGAAGUCGGAAGCGGAUUUUUUGUCCAAAUCAAACAUGCCAAAAAUGUUGUUGGAGGAUAAUAGUGGGGGUGGGUUUUCAUCAACGUCAAGUAAGGGCUUAGCUCUGAGAUCCAAAGCUGCAAGCCGAACUUCCGUGCCCAGUGAUGCAGAAGCAGGCAGUUUGAAUCCUAUACCAAUAGGGCUAGGGGAUUCAGUCGUGGUCGAUGGGUUUACUGUUGUGAGGAAGUCGUCAAGCACAUCAAAUUUGCAGGAUCAGGAAAGCAAUAGUAGCUUAUCAUCCAUCUGGCCCACAUCUAAGUGGAGUUUGAAGCCAGACUUGCAGGCACUUUCAACUGUGGCCAGAGCAAGACCCAUAUUCGAUGGCUUGCCAAAACCUGGCCGAAGAAACAAAACCGCACUCGAUUAAUGGCUAAUAGAGGUAAAUAACUCACUUUUCUGGUUCAGAUCCAUUUUUUGCCACACAGCUUUACGCACAUAAUGGUAAAUAGGAGGAGAGAGAGAGAAGGAUAAGAAGUUAUACGAUACAUGUCAAUGCUGCUUUGUGUUCAGAAGAUGUUGACAUAUGUAUAUUAUGCCAAAAUGUAGUUAGUCGUCAGGGGCAUUCACUCUGGAUUUAUUUAGGUUUACUUUUGUUUUUAUGUUGAAGUUGAAUGGGACACCAGAAUCUGGUUGAACUUCUACCGUCGUACAAUGUUCAAAGUCAAGGGGGAUGGUAGAGGUAGAUCGUGCUAAUGGUGAUUGAUAAACCCCAAGCUCGGUGCUUUUUAACUUGGUUCUCCUGCUUUCUCA